AUGCUCUCCACUCAGCCCUUACAAAGAUUGCCACGGACCGAUGACAAGAAGCAUAACAGCCAUCUUGCCCUUCUUACCGGCCCCACGAUUGAAAUCCGCGUCGGCACAGCAACCUCUAUACACAGUCCUGCCGACCUUUCAGUCAAUUGGUUCUUACCCAAGCGCUUGAUCUCGCACCACUCACCUUUCCUUGCAACUGCUUCUUAUCGAGACUUCAAGGAAUGUCGCGAGAACCUAAUCGAGCUCCCGGACGACAAACCCACUGUCUUUGCGCUUUUCGUUGAAUGGCUGUACUACGGAGAUUACACGACCGAACCACUGUCGGCGUCCUUUCGCACUAGAACCGAUAGCGUCAGUAUCGACGCCGAAUGUUGGGUCCUUGGCGAUAAGUUAUUAUGCACUGACUUCAAGAAUCAUGCUAUGAGGCGUCUUUAUGAACAACAUACAACCAAGAUCCUCGCCAGGUCUAUCUCGACGCACGAUGUGCAGUUCGUGUGUGACAACAACGCCAAAGCUUCGAAGCUUCGAGAGCUGUAUGUGGAUUUGACUGCUACAAACUUCGGGAGACAAGAUCGCGUUCAUGGAACCGUGGAGGAAUGGGACAAACUUCUUUUGAACCAAUCCGAUUUGAGGCGGCUACUGUUGCAGAGUCUGCGUUUGGAAGCUGCUGAGCGGAACUUUUUUUCAGUGUGUCCAUCGACCAAUCAGAAACUUAAGCACCGACGCGCGACACUGGCCAAUCACCUCAAGACAAACUGCUCACGUUGA